GUCAACCACUUCCACUGAGCAUCGGUGACAUCAUUACUCCUUGACAACAGGGGGCGCUGGCAAUCUUAGGCCUGCUGUGGUGAAUUGCAACAUGGCGACUCCCAUGCACCGAAUAAUAGCCAGGAGACAAGCGGAGGCAAACAAACAACAUGUGCGCUGCCAGAAGUGUUUGGAAAUGGGACACUGGACCUAUGAAUGCACAGGAAAGCGCAAAUAUGUGCACAGACCGUCAAGAACAACUGAGUUGAAAAAGAGUCUCAAGGAGAAUGAGAACAAACUUAACAGCAUCACUGGACCUGGAGAAGAAGGUACCAGUGAGAAGAAAUCUAAAAAGAAGGUUAAAGACUCCAGCGACAGCAGCAGUGACUCAGACAGCUCCUCCAGUGAGUCACUGUCCGACAGCAGCGACUCCUCCAGCUCUUUUUCAGAUGACAGCGAGAGCAGCAGCAGUGACAGCGAGGACGACAGCACGUCCUCGUCGUCCUCCUCCUCAGACACCUCAGACUCAGGAAGCAGCAGUGACUCAGAUCAAGGGCCGCCAAGAAAGAAGAAGAAGAAAUUGGCCUUGCAAUAAGUGGAGGGUUUUUGUUUUUCUUUCUUGGACGGAGCUAAAUUUUACUGUCCACCUUUUGUCUCUGAUCCAUCACUGCUGAUUGGAGAUGAAAGGAUGCAACAGGCUGAGGGGCUGUGAAUCUUAUAGUUAUCCUCUGAACUUUGUUGCCAGUAUUGGACUUUGAUGAAAGGGGCUUAUUUAGAGUUUGUGUCAUAUGCCACCAGACCCCACCUCCGAAAUAUAUUUACAUAUGUUGUAAUGCUUAAGUUUGUUGGACUUGCGAGGACAAGGGUUUUAGGUAUCUGCAGAAGUAGCUGUGCUUAUUCACGCUGAAUUUUGUACUAAAGUAUAUUUUCAGUUGAGUUGAUCUAGUAGGUCGGCUCAGCAAAACAGUUGUUACUUUUGUGAUAAAAGCAUGGAAUUUGGCACACAUAUUCUAAAUUAACUAAUGUUUAUUUUCAGAUAUGGAGCCAUCCUAGAGCUGACCUCUAAUGAGCUAC